UCAAGGCCUCUUUUUUUUCACAUCUUACCCAAAAGGAAGUGAGUAUGAGGUAAAUUGCAUAAACUUGAAGUUCCGCAGAGACAAAACUUAAAGCAGGAAGAAACAUGCCAUCAAUGUACUGGAUGGGAACACGUGUGUCAUGUGAGUAGACAUGACAAAAACAGCCCUUCUUAAAUUACUUUUGGCAAUAGUGAUCACAUUCAUUUUAAUUUUGCCAGAAUAUUUCAAGACACCAAAAGGAAACAUCUUGAAGCUAUCAUGUCUGGAAGGGUGUUUACAAACUAAUCUCACCUAUUCACUCUCCUCCGUGAACUUGUCCUUCGUGACUUUCCUACAACCACUAAGGGAAACUCAGACUAUUAUGGGAAUCUUUCUAAAUCACACCAACUUUCAAAACUUCACCAGGAUUUGCCAGGACUUCACGAGUGAAUUUCAAAUGUGCUCCUCAUGUUUGGUUUGUGAGUCUAAAGGAGAUAUGGAUUUUAUUUCUCAGGAACAAACAUCAAAAGUUCUUAUCAUGAAAGGAUCAAUGGAAGGGAAGACAAAUGAUUUUCAUUCACCUUGUCAACAUUUUAACUUCACUGUAACUCCUACAGUUGACCACAUUGAGGAAUAUAACCUUACCUGUGAUCCAAAAACCCACACUAGAAGGUCAGCAAUCAUGGAGGAAGAUCCAGCCAAGGAAAAGUCUAUAAACCACACUUGUAGAUUUAUGGAAUACCCAAAUAAUUGUAUACACAUCACUUUGCACCAAGAAAUGGAUGUAAAAAAUUUCACUUGUUCCAUGAAGAUCACUUGGUAUGUUUUAGUUCUAUUAGUUUUUAUAUUUUUGCUCACCCUUGUUAUCCACAAAAUACUUGAAGGCCACAGGAGAGUGCAGAAAUGGCAGAGUCAUAAAUACAAACCUACGUCUAUUCGCUUAAGAGGAAGUGAUUCUGAGAAACCUCAAACAUCGAAUGUGCAGGUUACUUCAGCAGAGACAAAGCAGAGGCUGCCCUUAACUCAGAUCAAGGAAGUGCUUCCUCCAAUACCAGAACUAGAAGUCACUUCCACAGUGCAUCAGCAAAAUCAGUGUACACGAAUAUCCUUUUGAAUUGCUCUGGACAACUUGGACUGAACCCUUUUGAGGAAUAUUCAAUUUUAUUUUGAGAAUGAGUAAACUGGUAAAUAUUUGGGUCCAGCUGAAGAUGCAUAAUAGGAAACAGUAGGAAUGCUGACUGGUUGAUGAACACUAGUUCAAGAGCACUCUUUUGACCCAGGAGAUCAAAGGAAGGAGAGUUUUUUCAGGAAGCCAUUAUGAGUCAUGGAAAACAAGCUGAUGAAACCCACGGAAACAGCAAGAGAACACUAACUCUCCUUGUUUAUCCAUCAUUAUGCAGACAUACCUCAUUAUAUUGCACUUCACUUGUAUAGCUUACAAUAACCCCAAGAUUUCGAUUUUGAGGAAUCAAAAACAGAGCCAAGGAUGAAAAUCCUUUCCCACAUUGCAGAUUCUGAUUUGACAGGUUUUCAAAUAGACCAUUUCUAUCCGGCAAAUUGCUUCAGAGAGCCUGGACUGUUUGUUUAUACAUUUGUUUAGAUUUAUCAAUCUUGUCUCCUUUUGGCACUGGGAUGUUUAAAAAAAUUCAAAGAUGCCAAAAUAAAAUGAAUUUAACUGAAAUAUUGGAAUUUUUAAA